AUGGCAACCUCGGAGCUGGGGGACUUGGCGGAGGGGGACUUGGUGCUGGUGCAGGAGGUGGUUAUGGAGCAUAUGGAGGGAGCUACCAAGGGGCUGGGCAAAAAGCUCCUAAAUUGGGAGCAGGAGCAGGCUUUUUACCAGGAGCAGGAGGAGGCUUUUUACCUCAAACAGGGGCUGGAACUGGGCUCGGGCCUGGGGGUGCUGGAGAAUUUACAUUUGUUCUUAAUUUCAGGAUACAUAAACCCACAAACAGGCCUUCCUGGUGGAGCGGCUGGUGGAGCAGGGAAAAAGGCUGCCAAAGUUCCAGGUGUUGGCAUUCCUGGACUCUACCAAGGAGGGUUAGUCCCUGGACAAGGAUUUGGCGGACGUGGAGUCCUUCCUGGUGUACCAACAGGGACGGGCAUUAAUCAAAAAUCAGCCGCAGGGGGGCAGGCUGGAGUUGGACAAGGCAGCCGUGGUGGUCAGACUGGAUUGUUCCAUGGAUAUCCCCUCAAAUCACCCAAAGUGCCAGGAGCAUAUGGAGCAAAGCCUGGAGGAGGCAAACAACCCUUUGCUUAUGGGGGAUUUGGAAAUACUGGAGCAGGACUUCCGGGAGGAAAGAGUAGUUCUGGAGCAGUGCCUGGAUAUCCUGUUGGAACAGGGGUCGGACAGGGCGGAGGAAUUAUACCAGAAGGUGGAGUUGUACCCGGAGGUGUCCCAGGUAGUGUUUCAUCAGCUAAAGCGGCAAAAUAUGGCUUAGGAGGAGGAGGUUAUGUCGGGACAGGAACAGUCCCAGGAGGAGUCCCUGGUGGAGGGCAAUAUUCUGCUGCUGCCAAAGCUGCUAAAUAUGGUGCAGGGGGUCAGUUAGCAGGAGGCGGAUUGGGAGGAGGUGGUUUUGGAGUCCCAGGAGGGGUCCCAGGAGGGGUCCCAGGAGGAGUCCCAGGAGGGGUCCCGGCUGGUGGGCAAUAUUCUGCUGCUGCCAAAGCUGCUAAAUAUGGUGCAGGGGGUCAGUUAGCAGGAGGAGGAUUCGGAGCAGGUGGUUUUGGUGGGGUCCCUGGAGGAGUCCCAGGGGGAGUCCCGGCUGGUGGACAGUACUCUGCUGCUGCUAAAGCUGCUAAAUAUGGGAUUGGACAGGUGGGAACAGGUGGACAGGGAGGAGGAGGGGUCCCAGGAGGAGUCCCAGGAGGGGUCCCAGGAGUGGUCCCAGGAGGGGUCUCAGCAGGGGUCCCAGGAAGAGUCCCUGGAGGGGUCUCAGGAGGGGUCCCAGGAGGAGUCCCGGCUGGUGGGCAAUACUUUGCUGCUGCCAAAGCUGCUAAAUAUGGUGCAGGGGGUCAGGUAGCAGGAGGCGGACUGGGAGCAGGUGGUUUUCGUGGAGUCCCAGGUGGAGUCCCAGGUGGAGUCCCAGGUGGAGUUCCAGGAAGGGUCCCUGCUGGUGGACAAUACUCUGCUGCUGCUAAAGCUGCUAAAUAUGGUGCAGGGGGUCAGUUAGCAGGAGGCAGAUUGGGAGGAGGAGGUUUUGGUGUGGUCCCUGGAGGAGUCCCAGGAGGAGUCCCUGCUGGUGGACAGUACUCUGCUGCUGCUAAAGCUGCUAAAUAUGGAGCAGGCGGACAGUUGGGCACAGGGGCAGCAGGUGGAGGCUUCGCAGGAGCAGGAAGAUUCCCUGGCGGAGGAGUUGGCGGAGGAGUUGGCGGAGGAGUUGGCGGAGGAGUUGGCGGUGGACAGUAUUCUCCUUCUGCCAAAGCUGCUAAAUAUGGUGUUAGUCCUGGAGGCACUGGAUUUUUUCCAGGGGGACAAGCUCCAGCGGGAAACCCUUUUGUAGCUGGAUAUGGAUCCUUGGGGGCCAAACCACCAAAGUAUGGUGGAGCUGGAGUUGGAGUCUCUGGGGGAGUUGGAGUCUCUGGGAGAGUUGGAGGAGCUGGACAAGUGUCCCCAGGCACUGGCUAUGGAAAUGUUGGUGCUGGAGUAGGAACAGGGGGGGUACCUUUUGGUGCUGGACCAUAUUCUGCUGCAGCGAAAGCUCUUAAAUAUGGCGUUCCUGGAGGCACUGGGGUAGCAUCAGGGGUGGCAGGAGUACCUAGUGGUUUUGGACAACAGCAAAUUGCAUCUGCGAAAGCGGCUAAAUAUGGGGUGACAGGGGGCGCUGGGGCAUCUGUACCUGGUGUUGUUCCAGGAGCUUAUCCCGGUGGUGUGAAACCACCCAAACAUGGAGGUGUCACAGGCCUGGGACUCGCAGUCCCUGGAGCUACACAGGCGGGGCAGCUGCACGGCUCUGUGGUUCCAGGUGCCACAAGUCGCCCUGGUGGUCAGACAGCAACUGAAGUGGGUCUUUCAGGAACACAACGCCCAGCCGCCGGCGGGAUUGUUCAGCCAAGUACUGGUACAGGUGUUGGUGGAGCUGGUGUCCAGGCGCCCUCUCGUGGUGAUACACCAGGCCACGGUCAGCCAGUGACUCCUGGUCAGCAGCCUGGAGUGAACGUUGGGUCUGGGGCCAAAGCCCCGAAGCCGUUUGUUCCAGGUCUCCCUCAAGGCGGUGGGGGCUUCUACCCUUAUGCUGGCCCAUAUGCAGGUCCUUAUGGCAGUGGGACAGUGGGAGUGCAGCCAGGAUUAAAGCCGUAUAAACCACUUGGAGCUGGUGGAGCUGGAAUACCACUGACAGCUGGUGGUUAUCAAGGAGGACAGGCAGGAUUAGGUGUUGGAGCUAAGCCACCCAAACCAGGAUUUAAUCCUGGGGCAGCGGGGGCAUAUCCAGGAGCUGUAGCUCCUGGUGGAUAUGGAGCGGGUUAUCCUCAGACUUUUCCAGGACGUGGAUUAAAGCCCUGCGUGUUGCCAGGUCAAGGUCAAGGCGGAUAUGUACCUGCUCCACUGACUCCUCAGCAAGCCAAAGCCGCAAAGUACGGUGCUCUUCAGGGAUUUCUUGGGGGUGGAGGAGGAGGAGGAGGAGGAGGAGUUUACAGAGCUCCCGUCGCAGGAUGUCAGGGAAAAUUCUGUGGGAGGAGGAAGUAG